GCGCCGCCGCGCAGCGACAAAAUGGCGGCGUCCGCGCUGGGCUGGGCGCUGCGGGCCGCUCGGCAGGUCAGCGCGGCUCCCUCCCGCCCCUGUUCCCCUCAGGGCCCGGCCAAGGCGCUGUGGGAGCGGGUUCUUCCCUUGCCUCGCAUGUGGCAAGUGCGGAGCUACUACGUGGACUGGAGAAUGCUGCGGGAUGUCAAGAGAAGGAAGCUGGCGUACGAGUACGCGGACGAGCGGCUGCGGAUCAACGCCAUCCGGAAGAACACCAUCCUGCCCAAGGAGCUGCAGGAAGUGGCUGAUAAAGAAAUUGCUAACUUGCCCCGGGACAGCUGCCCUGUGAGGAUCCAAAACAGGUGUGUCCUGACAUCCCGCCCUCGGGGGGUGAAGCGUCGUUGGAGGCUCAGCAGAAUCGUUUUCCGCCAUUUUGCUGACCAUGCUCAGAUGUCGGGGAUACAGAGGGCUAUGUGGUAGAUCACUGCAUGGAUGUACAUUCAGGCAGAAAACACAGAAUACACUCCGUUGGUGUAUUUGAGUAAUUAAAGCAAGACUGACCUGUCUACGAGUCCAGCAUCAAUAUCAAACUAAUAAAAGGAACAAUGACAAGC